ACCUAUCACAUAAUAAGCAGCAAACUCAGUGUCAUCUUGUUCGCCGCCGCAGAGAAACCCUAGCUCAACAACAGCAGAGGGACGUUGAUCAAAAAUGGUUUCAGGCAAGAAGACGAAGAAGACUCAUGAGAGCAUCAACAACAGGCUGGCUCUUGUCAUGAAGAGUGGAAAGUACACUCUUGGAUACAAGACCGUGCUUGAGUCUCUCAGGAGCUCAAAAGGCAAGCUGAUUAUCAUAUCUAACAAUUGUCCUCCCUUGAGGAAGUCCGAAAUCGAGUACUACGCUAUGCUUGCCAAAGUUGGGGUUCAUCAUUACAACGGAAACAAUGUGGAUCUUGGGACAGCAUGUGGAAAGUAUUUUCGUGUAUCUUGCCUUAGCAUCAUCGAUGCAGGUGAUUCUGACAUCAUCAAAUCUCUUCCGGGCGACAGCUGAACGAAGAUAUGAAUUCAGAUCUUUGAUUACUCUGAUUUGAGUUUAAAUUUCUGUUUGUUAUCUUAAACCUGAUGAAUCUGUAGAAGACAUGAAUGAAAUUUUGUCUAUGGUUAUUGAUUAUGAAAACAUUUGGGAUGUCUAAUCCAAAUUUACAAAGUGAGAUAUGGUUUCGUUA